ACAUUGUCCGGUUCGUAGCUGUCAUCCGACGCUGUUUACGGAAAGUCAUAGAGAGUGGGCGGAAUAGGGCCUAAUUUAUCAUAAACAGUGAAAGUUAUAUACUGGUGUUGAAUGAGAUUCAUAUCAAAUUAACAUUUUGUACAUCUUGGAACAAUUAUAUGAUUUCGUAUGAGAAUUAUAAACGUCGAAAGCAGUAUCCUCCCUGAGUUUCCCCUUUGUAAGCCUAAACCCAACCCUUAAAAUACCUUCAGUGUGUGUUUUGUUGUAUGAGUUGUUUUUACGAAGAGAAAUUUAGGAAUGGCGUGGCGAUUCAAGGCUUCGAAAUACAAGAAUGCUGCUCCAGUCGUUCCGAAGCCAGAAGCUUGUAUACGAGACAUUUCUGUUGGUUCUUACCAAACGUAUGGGAACAACAUUGCCGCUUCGGCUGCAUUUAUGGCAUUUAAUGUUGACCAUAAUGGUUCUAGUCUUGCAGUGCUUCCAAUUGAUGACUGUGGUCGCAAGAGUAAGACAAUGCCACUUCUUCAUGCUCAUACAGACACAGUGACAGACAUGGACUUCUCACCUUUCCAUGAUGGUUUAUUAGCAACUGGCUCACAGGACUGUCUUGUGAAACUGUGGCACAUUCCAGAGAAAGGCUUGGAAGAAAGUUUGAGUAACGCAGAAUGUACUUUCUCUCACAAGCAGAGAAGGGUGGAAACUGUUUGUUUUCAUCCGACAGCCGAUUUUCUUCUUACGACUACUUCAUAUACAACUUUGACAUUGUGGGAUAUCAGCUCAGAGAAAGAAAUGCUGUCUAAUGCAGAGCACAGUGAUGUAAUUCAGUCUUUGAGCUGGAAGAAGGAUGGAACAUUGCUUGCAACUUCAUGUAAAGACAAACAAGUUCGGAUACUGGACCCACGCUUACCAGCAAACAGUUUUACACAUAUGGCUAACAGUCAUCAGAGCAUCAAAGAUUCCCGAGUGGUGUGGUUAGGAGACGCUAACAGGAUUCUUACCACUGGUUUUGAUUCUGGUCGGCAGAGGGAAGUUUUCAUUCGAGAUCUCAGGAACUUUGAGGACUGUGAGAAGUCCCUGGUUUUGGACAGUUCUACAGGGAUCUUGAUCCCGCUGUAUGAUCCUGAUACUGGAAUGCUGUUCCUUGCUGGGAAAGGUGACACGACUGUCUCGUACCUUGAGGUGACUGACCGAGAACCGUACCUUAUUGAAGGGAUUCGUCACAAUGGCGAUCAGACCAAAGGUGCCUGCCUGGUUCCAAAGCGGGCGUUAGCUGUUAUGCAAGGGGAAGUGAACAGAUUGCUGCAGCUGACGUCCUCUUCUGUCAUCCCCAUAAUGUACCAGGUGCCAAGGAAGUCGUACCGAGACUUCCAUGCAGACCUAUUUCCUGAUACAACAGGCUGCGAGGCACAGUUGUCUGCAGCACAGUGGCUGCAGGGGCACAAUGUUCCUGUUCCCCGCAUUAGCUUGGACCCUGCCAAGAGGUCUGCAGGUGAAAGUCCAAUUCAGGUCCACAGAGGAUCGCUUUCUGAGAUGCGAAAGCAUCUUCAACGUAAUCCAUAUACAGGCAUGAGCGUUACCCAGCAGAUGGCACCAAAAAUCCAAACUACAAUGAACCUUAAGGAAGAAGAGCAUAUGGUUAUAGAUCAUAAAAAGGAAAAGGGUGGUGAACGAAGCAGCGACGAGAAUGGUCUUCAUCAUAAUAAUGAUUUGACAAAGAGUCACCAGCAGAAUGGGAGUAGUGAGAAUCACCAGAUAAUACCACCGAAGCCAUUUCCACGGUCAUCACGUACUGGUUCCCUGUCAGAGAUGGAAGAUGUGGUAGUGGCACCACCAAAACCUAAGCCACGAACCAUUAGUACCUCUGUUAUUCCUCCUGUAACUUCAGUGAACCCUGCCAUGCCUAUUACAGGUGGCUACAAGCAGCCUAGACUCGGACCAAAACCUUUUACACCUCCUAAACUCAACUUCAGUUCUGGAAGUGGAGAAGAUGACAUUAAGGCAACAACGGAAUUCUCAUUUGAAAAGGUCUUCUCUGUCCCAGUAGCACCAGGUCAUGAAGCCAUGAAUGGGGUCUUGCCUAACAGGCAUGGAAACAGUUGGCACACAAUAGACAACGAAAAUAAUGGCAUAAACCAGAGUCCAUAUUGUGUUGAAAAUGAUUUUCAGGAUAAAGGGGAAGAAUGUUUGGAUGACAAAUGUAAGAAAACAAUUGAUAAUAUUCCAUCUUCUCCAUGUAAAGAUAGCAUAGGUCUGUUUGAAGAAGAGAAUAAAAGUGGAGUAGGGUUACAUAGUGAAGAUGUCUCAGGGAGAGAUGCACAGCCAAACAGUGGAAGUUUAGAAGACUUGCCACUGUCUUCUCCUACAUCACACAGGAAACCUAAAACUCCCAGUACUGCCGAACGGAGGAAAUUUUAUGAGAAGAGAAUUAGCUCGGUGGCAAACGAACAAGAUCUACAACUUCCAGCAGAUGCAUUGAAAUUUGAUGAUGUAGAUGAUAAACUUGAAGAUUUUGAACGUGCAUCAGUACAGCGUUCCAGUAUAGCAGAACGGCGUCGCAUGUAUGAGAACAGGUCUUCAUCUGUUCAAGAAGCAGGAGCAGCUGAUAAGAGAAGUCCUACUUUGUCACCAACUCCUUUACGAAGGCAGGACUCGUUUAAGAAUUCCAAAACCUGUGCAGUGGACGAAGUGGCAAAUAAGAGGUCACCUGUUGCCAUACAGCGACAGCAGUCACAGGAGCAGACAGCUGCUGGAAAGUCACAGGACAAGAAGCCCGAACCGGUCACAACUCCAACACCCAAGAGGACUUCAACUGUGUUUGGUCGCGUGUCCAAAUUCCGACACCUGAAGGGGACGCCAUUGCACAAGUCAAUGCACAUUGAAAAUAUCCGGAAUGUCAGCAGGCAGAUAUCUGGAGAAUGUGAUGGUUUCCAUGCGAACCAUGAAAGAGUUGCGGUGCCACUGAGUGGACCAGGUGGCAAGAUUGCAGUGUUUGAACUUAGCAAGACUGGCAAGCUUCCAGAUGGAGUCAUACCAACAUUAGUUCAUGGAACUAACAUCAUGGACUUUGCAUGGGAUCCUUUUAACUGCAAGAGACUAGCUGUUGCGUGUGAUGAUGGGACAAUUCGCCUCUGGUUGAUCCCGAAAGAGGGCCUUGCGGAACCAACAAAUGAGCCUCAUGCAGUCCUUGCUGGACACUCUGAGAAGAUCUACUUUAUCAAAUUCCACCCACUUGCAGAAGAUGUGUUGGCAUCAGGGUCUUAUGAUAUGACAAUACGUAUCUGGGACUUAGCGACUCAUACAGAGAGAAUUGUGCUGCAAGGACACACUGAUCAGAUGUUCAGCUUUGCAUGGAGCCCUUGUGGAGCAUACUGUGCCACUGUAAGCAAAGACAGCAAAUUGCGUGUGUACAAACCUCGUUCAAAGAGUCAAGCAGUCCGAGAAGGCAGGGGACCAAUAGGAUCGCGAGGGGCUCGGGUUGUUUGGGCCCUUGAAGGGCGCUUCAUUGUCGUUACAGGAUUUGAUAAGGUUUCAGAAAGGCAGAUUCAGAUAUUCAAGGCAGAUAGUUUAAGCGUGCCUUUAAAUACAGUAGGAUUGGAUGUUUCUCCAGCAAUCCUCAUGCCUUUCUAUGAUGAAGACAGUUCUACCCUGUUCCUUACAGGAAAGGGUGACUCUACUAUUUAUGCAUUUGAAGUGACGGAAGAAGCGCCAUACCUUUGUCCUCUAAGCCAUCAUCGCUGUAACUCGCUGCACCAAGGGCUAUCAUUCCUUCCAAAGAGUGUUUGUGAUGUCAGCAAUGUUGAGUUUGCUCGGGCUUUGCGACUGACAAACAACACUAUCGAACCACUCUCGUUUACUGUACCAAGAAUUAAGAGCGAUCUGUUCCAAGAUGACUUGUUCCCACCAACCAAAGUGACGUGGAAGCCAACUCUGACAAGCACGCAGUGGUUCCAGGGGAUGGACAAACAGCCACCUAGACAGAGCCUGAAGCCAGAUGGCAUGGAGUGCUUGUCCGGAGCACAGGGUGUGGCAGGAAGCGGUGAGAAAUCCAGCAGUAAAACGUCGGGAAGCACAGCAGUAAGUGGAAGUCUUCCUGGUUCUCAGCAGCCAUAUAAUCAUCUGGGAUGGAAUUCGGACAUAACUGGUGCAACCAAAGAAAAGCAGGAACAGAUUCAGCGAGCAGUUGGCAGUCGAAUGGAAGUGAAUCUGAAGCUUGAGCAGGAUGGGAUGGAGGGUGUUGAUGAACAUGAGUGGGAUGACUGAGCAGUGGCGGCAUAAGAAACAGACGUGCUGACUUGGGACCAGUUGCAUUUGAGAAAGCCCAGUGGAUUGCAUCAUGGAGCAAAUAAUGACAUUCACACUUGCUGUGCAAGAUAAGGAUCACCUUCAUUGUUUUAUCUGUCAAUGAUAGCUAUUCAGGGCCCAGGAAUUUUUCUCUUUAUAUGCCUACCUGCUUGAUUAUCACUUUAUUAAGUAUCUUAAGUUUGCUGUUCCAUGUCAGUAAUUACAAUGUUCAGUUUAAGAAAUCCAAAAGAAUUAGAAUACUCUGACAUGCCUUGAUCUCCAUACUUAUUUGCAUACAUUCCAUGUCUUUCACUACUGCAGUAUAUAUUACAGGCUUAUAAGUGCUUUUCAUCUUAAUAUUUUGUUCAUUUAUAUAGAGAACAAAAAUAGAGAGAUCUUGGUAAUGUGUCAGAAUUUCCUUGAAGCUGUCAUUUACAAAUCACGUUCUUUCCCUGUUGGUGACUCGUUAAUUGAUCUGCAUAGAUCAUUUUAUUAAAAAUAUAUGUUGUGAUAAUAGGCUUAAACCUUUAAAUCAUUCUGUAUGAAGUGUUAUAAUUAAAAUCAGUAUUAUUACUGACUAAAUGAAAUAGGGAAUUUAGAAAAUGAUGUUAAAUGGAAAUUUUCUACAUUUUGAAUAAACAAAACAUAUAUGUUGAAAAAAAUAAAGUAUUUCCAAAGAAUUUAAAGUUUUUUUUAUACAAAAUCAGCAAUAGUGAAAGAACAGAACUCUUCAAGAUAAACAAAAUAUCCUAUAACAAAAUUAAUUUUGUAAUUGUUUUGCAUUAAAACAUAGUUAUUAGAGACUAUAAACCUUCUGUUUAUUAAAAUAAAACAUAAAAGUAUCUCUCAAGUUUGGUUUAUCAUGGACAGUGGCUGGUUUUG